AUGCAACCCCGGGCCUGGAUCAUCUUCCCUCUUGUCUUCACUUUGACCUACAUAUGGUUUAAGUCUACCAUGUCUUUGCCAGCUUCAUCACCCUACAAUGAAGAAAAGAUAAUCACCCAAAUCAAUACCGUGUAUAACCUGCUUCUCAAGCUGAGCUACUUCACCCCCGACCGUAUCAACUUUCCCCCAAAAGACGGCCACACCAUCAACGAAGAGCUAUGCCGCUCUCUCCAUCUCACUCCGGCGGUGGUCUUUCUCAUGAAAAGAAUCCCGUACGUUAUCGACGGCUAUCAUAAGCCGAUCAUAUGGCAAUCGCGCGCCUUCGAAUACACCCUGGAUGAAGAGAUCCGGAAGGGCCGUGAUCCCGAACGAGCGGAUGCAGUCAUCGACGAAGACGAGCUUAGAAUGGACUUUUUGCGACCGUGGGAGCUUGCGCUGACUUGUUGGUUGGACGAUGGGAUUUCAGUCAUUCUGGACACUAAGUCGAGUAAAUUAUUCUCCCGCCUCCCUGAUAAUGAGUCUGAACCAGUUGAUGACUUCCGGGAAGAAAGCGAGGCUCAUGAUGCCCCCACAUAUCUCCAGAAGAUUAUCGAUGAUAUUCGUAAUCUCGAAGUGGUGUAUUCCCCCAGUCGGGAUAGUGAGUCAAUUCAUUUGUCUGGAUGCUAUGAGCAGGUUGAAGUGAAGCGGAUUUUGAUCAACGAGUUUGGUUGGGGGACCGAAGAGUUCCGAGAGGAAGAUUGGCGACGAGAGGGUCAGGAGAUUUACGAGAGGAUUGAGUCUGAGGGAAUUGAGAGGUGGGAAGAGAGGCAGAGAAAUGCUCCAGCACCGACAUACAUUUAG